AUGAAGAUUAGCAACCGGCAUCUAGGGUUUUUAGGGUUGAUAGUUGUUUGCAUUGCCUUGGAUGAACUACAGGGUGCCGAAGAUUUGCUUUCUCAGUGGGAGGCCGGUCGAAUUGGCGAUGGCCUUACCACUCCAAAAGUCAUGGAUGGCUCAAAUUCGAACACAGUUGCUUCCACGGCACAAGCGCCAAUCAAAGAAACUGAUUUCACAUCAAAACUCGAUACUCGCCCCUCUAGCUUUCACCGUGAAGGCGAUGUGCCAAAUCUUACACCUUCGCUACUCCGGGGCAACCGAGGGGAAAAGCUACUUCGAUCCAACCUGAGAGAAAUUAACAGGGAAACGGAGCGUGUCAUGCGUUUGGGAACUCACAUUCAAACGUUAUCAAACAGAAGAAGGGCAGAAGAGAUUCGCAUAAAAGUCAACCCUUACUCCAGAUCCUCAAAUCCACCGGAAACACUUGAUCUUUUGAAGAAACUGGAAAAUAAUUACAAGCCGCCAGACCCCAUUGCCAACUUGGACCAGAUGCUGAGACGGGCUGUGUUCCAUGAUAGUACGGAUCUAGUUAAUCACCCGACGCCGUGCAACUCAGCCAACCUUGACGAGAUCCUAAGGCAGGCUGUUAGAGCAACACAACCUAAUACGACUCCGGUUCAUAUAGGGGACAAGAGAAAGUUUUCUUCGAUUGAUCCUGGUCAUCCUAAUCAAGCAAUGUUGAGAACUCUUGGAAACCCUAUCCAAUCGCCAGUCGCCCACAAAGUGCAUCCAAAACCAGGCGCCUCGGCCAGCCUCGAAGAAUUGCUGCAACAGGCGGUAUUAUCUCGUAGCACGACUAUUCUCCCUACUCCCAAGUCGGCCAGCCUAGUCAAGCUUGAUGAGAUCCUCAUGCAGGUCGUGUCCUCACACGGAGCGACACAAUCUCACUCGACUGCUGUUCAGCGAGAAAACGAAAGUAUUUCCCUUCCGAAUUCCGGCCCUGCUGAUGUCCAUACCGAAGAUCAGAUCCAAGUUCCAGAUGUCCACAAGAGGCGAACGGAUAAGACUCCCAAGAAAUCAAGCGAGACUGAACUACAAGCGUGCUUUGAAGAUAAUGAAAAAGUGCGACAGCAUUAUGAAACUCCACACAUCAAUUGA